GCUCCGGAUAAACAGGCGGCGUUUAAACUUCAUUCUGUCAUUUUCAACGAAACACCGGCUGCUUUCUUAUGGAACACAUCGCUGGGGCAUCAUGUCCCUUCCUCUACUGUUAACAUUACGAGUUCCAUGACGUGUCUGUUCACGCUUGUCUCUGAGGUCUGCCUGCUUUUUACUAGUCCACACCAACCACACCAACCACAACAGCCAUGGCGCCUGUGCCCCCUGGCAUCCGAUUCCUGACCAACUUUAAUCGUGAUCAGUGGUAUCGAGCCUUCACCUUUGCUCUCACCUUCCUGCUCUACACCAGCUUUCACCUGUCCAGAAAACCCAUCAGCAUUGUGAAGAGUGAACUUCAUAAGAACUGUUCUCAGAUCAGAGAUGUUGGGUCCACUGAGAGCAGUAAUGCUCAGCAGCUUGUUCAUCUAGAGACAGACUGCAGCUGGAAACCAUUCGAUAAAGGAAACUAUAAGCAGCUGCUGGGAGCGAUGGACUACUCGUUCCUGUUUGCUUAUGCUAUAGGGAUGUAUCUUAGCGGGAUUAUCGGGGAGCGUUUACCAAUCCGGCUCUACCUAACAGUGGGCAUGCUGACCAGCGGCCUCUUCACCUGCCUGUUCGGCCUCGGAUACAUCUACGACAUUCACAACCUCGGCUUCUACAUCUUCGUCCAGAUUGCCAAUGGUGUAGUUCAGACGACUGGCUGGCCCAGUGUGGUUACCUGCAUAGGAAACUGGUUUGGAAAGGGCAGGCGGGGUCUGAUCAUGGGGCUGUGGAACUCUCACACUUCGGUCGGGAACAUCCUGGGCUCUCUGAUCGCUGCGUACUUUGUGUCCUCUAACUGGGGGCUGUCCUUCAUCGUGCCCGGAAUCAUCAUCGCCGUCAUGGGCAUCGUCUGCUUCCUCUUCCUUAUCGAGCACCCGAAUGAUCUGAAGGCGGCUCCGGCCCAGAACGCUGUCAACGGUCACCAGAAACUGCACAAGAGCUGGAACGGCGUUAACGGCCAUAAAGAGCUGUACCUGCAGUACAAACAAGGAUCCAAAGCACAGAGCUCAGACACAGAGCUGCUGUUGGGCCAGGACAGUGCAGGAAUGUGUGUUCCUGUGCAGCAGGUCGUCGUAGUGAAGAGCGAUGCUGAACCGAGCGCCAUCAGCUUCAUGGGAGCUCUGCGCAUACCAGGUGUGGUGGAGUUCUCUCUCUGUCUGCUGUUUGCUAAGCUGGUGAGCUACACCUUCCUGUUCUGGCUGCCUCUCUACAUCACUAAAGCAGCUCAUCUGAAUGCGAAGAAAGCCGGCGAUCUCUCCACCCUGUUUGACGUCGGAGGAAUCGUUGGUGGUGUCCUGGCAGGUGUGGUCUCAGAUAGGCUGGGGAAAAGAGCCACCACGUGUGCCGUGAUGCUGCUCCUGGCUGCACCGACACUUUAUGGCUUCUCCAUGAUUAGCCAGUUCGGUUUUGGACCCACUAUAGGCAUGCUGCUGGUGUGUGGAGGGUUAGUUAAUGGACCUUACGCUCUCAUCACAACAGCCGUCUCUGCUGAUCUGGGCACCCACAAAAGCUUAAAGGGCAAUGCCAGGGCUCUGUCCACCGUCACAGCCAUCAUCGAUGGGACUGGUUCCGUUGGUGCUGCGGUAGGCCCCCUGCUGGCGGGGCUGCUCUCUGCACAGGGCUGGGAUCGGGUCUUCUACAUGCUCAUGAUGGCAGACUUCCUCGCACUACUGCUGCUGCUGCGACUGGUGUUAAAGGAGAUGAGGUCAAACAAGAACCAUCCAAGAACUUCAGUCGAACUGAAGGAGCACUGAGCACUUUGCACUAAAUCCGAGAGUCAGAUAUUAAAGCUAAUGAGGGAAGAACGUGGACCUGCUCGCCUCUCCACCGGCAGGACCAUUUGACCACUUUCCAAACUGGACAACAACUUGAAUCUAGUUCCAGAAGCUGCACUGCCCUGAAGUAGCCUGAUCACCUUCACUGUCACAUCCUGACUUAUUUUCUUUUUAUUCUGUGAGCAUCAGCUGUUACAAACCUGUUAUCGUCAACUGCUGGUUCAGUAAUGGUUUGUUUAACAUUUACAUUAAGCUGCAUCAGAUAAUCGAGGGAGUAGCUGUCAUGGUUAUGUUACUGUAACUUCUUAAAAUCCACAGAUUUAAAAAUAGUAGUUUUUUAUGUCAUUUUUAGUUUUACUCAAACAAGAAGCAAAUCCUUUAGUAAAAUGAAUGAAAGUAGCUGCAAACAUCCAUUAGAUAGAAACGUACAAACAUAAGUGUGGCUCUUUCUAUGGAGGGAACAGAUCAGGGUGACAUCAGGGUGUAUAAAAUAUAUUUACAUUUGUGGCAUUUAGCAGACGCUUUUAUCCGAAGCGACUUACAAUUAUGACUGAAUACAGCUUUGAGUAAUCGAGGGUUAUGGGACUUGCUCAGGGACCCAACAGUGGCAACUGUGCAAUAGUGGGCCUUGAACUGGCAACCUUCUGAUUACUAGUCCAGUACCUUAACCACUGAGCUUCCACUGUCCAGAUUCUCUGUAGCACAGAUACGCAGAAGUUUGAGAAGAUGGAGCUGUGGUGUGAUGCUGAGGGAUUCAGGAGUACAUGAGGAACUAAAUCAGACUCUGAUGAGACCCAGAACAGAUUCAGAUCCGUAACUCGGGUCUGUUUGCCACGUUUACGUUUAAGCCUCAGCUUUUAUCCCAGUGCAUUUACAUUUGCUGCAUUUAACGGACGCUUUUAUCCAAAGCCACUUACGAUUAUCACUGAAUACUGGCAACCUUAAGAUUCUUAAGAUAAAGACUCUAACCGCUGAGCUACCGCUGGCCAAUAGAACGCCUUUAUUUGUCAUAUAUACAGAUACACGUGUACAGUACAACGAAAUUCGUCCUUCACAUAUCUCAGCUCGUUUGGAAGCUCGGGUCAGAGCGCAGGGUCAACCAUGGAGCUGAGAGGGUUAAGGGCCUUGCUCAAGGGCCCAACGGUGGCUGCAUGGCAGAGUUGGGAUUCAAACUCUCAACCUUUCAAUUGAUAGCCCAAAGCUCCACCCACUAGGCUCUGUCAGACGGAAACUGUGUGUGAGCUCAGGGUUACGGGUUUUGUUUAAGGGCCCGACAGAAGCAGUUUGGCAGGAUGGGGCUUGACUUUCUGAUCAGUAGUUGAGGAAGCGCUGAGCCACCACUGACCACGUAUCCAUAAACUACAUGUGGUCACCUGGAACAGACUCGAGCACUGUUAGAAUAUACAGUACUUACUUGAGACUUGCCAAGGUAGUUUAGAAUGACGUGUAGAUCAAGUUUUACAUUCAUGCAUUUAAUAGAGUAAAGCAACAGAGAGUAAACUUAAGAGUUUUGGGGUCCAACAGUGGCUUCUUGGCAAUGGCGAGGCUUCAACCACUUAACUUCCCAUGAAUAGUCUAGUACCCUAACCACUAAGCCACACAUGGAAGUGUGGCUCCCACUUUUGUACUAUUAUAGCUUUACACGACUGUAUUCGAACGCUGAUGCUGCUGACUGUGAGCCAGCUUAUAAAACCACUAAAAACAAGUGAUGUAAUCGAAAACUGCGUCUAGUUUAAUCCAUCUGGCAGGCAUAAUUGCUAGUGCCUGCAGGGAGGGGUGACCAGAAUAUGUGGGGUGGGGUCUUCAAACGCUGUGUAAGGACCCUGAUUGGCGGAUAGAGUGCAUGGGUGGAAAAGGGUUCCGUUAAGGGCUGUGCGUGGGUCGGAGGAGGCGUGAGCAGCAAUCUACCCACCUGGACUGCAAAUAAUCGGGGAUCCCCCAGCAGCAGAAGACAAAUUGACUACACUAAAUUGGGAGAAAAACGUAUUAUAUAUAAUGCAGAUACACAGACAACAUAAGUCACUGUGUUCAGUUUCAAUUGGUAUCAAACCACAUGACGCAAAAUCUCUUAUAGGUUACAUUUAUUUUACAACCCACUAUUUUCAAAGCUUUCUAAAGUUUAAAAGUGACUAGAUUUGUUAAAUGCUUUUUACCAGCUUAUAAAACCACUAAAAACAUGUAUGAUGUAAAUGAAACUGCCGUCUAGUUUAAUGCAGAUACACAGAGAACAGAAAUCACUGUGUUCCGUUUCACAGUUUGGACACAAAAACUCUUAUAGACUACAUUUAUUUUACAACCCACCCUUUCCAAAGUUUUGUAAAGUUUCAAAAUAAAUAUAAGCUGAAGAUUUUGAAGAUACACAGACGAUAAUAUAGAGUCGAACGCAAGAUCUCACCGUCCAGUUCUAUCUUGUGUUGAUUUUCAGGGUCGAAUAGAUUUGUUAAAUCUGCCGUAUUAAGGAGAAAAUGUUAAAUGCAGUGGAACAAUCAUUUUGUUUAUUAUUGUUUCUUGUAGAGGACGUGCUAACUUAUUUUUUAGUCCUCUGUAAUUCCACACACAUGCGCACACACAUGGGCGGAUCUACCGGGGUGGCAUAGGGUGGCAAAUGCCACCCUAAAAGAAAGCCUUGCCACCCCUGCUGCCACCCCAGUUGGCAGCAACAAAUUAAAAGAAAAGUUAUGGCCAAUUUGCAACGCUGCCACUCUGACACAGUCAAAAACUGUUUGCUUUCCCUCUCAUACAUCUGCCACUCAUCACCUGUGUUUUACCUUAAUGCCUUUCCUUUGAUAAUGCCCCACCUACAGUAGUGUUACCAUACUUUUAUCUCCUAUUAUUGAGAUUACAUUGUAUGGUCACUUAUUCCUAAUAUGAACUGUUUCACAUGAAACCUUAAAUGCAAGACAUUGAUUGCAUGAGAUUAAGUUUGUCUGUAUGAGUUUGUAAAUGGCAGCCCGUGCCCUUUUGUAGUGUGUACAUACUAUUUCUCAUCAAACUGUGAUAACUGUGAUUAAAUUCAGUAUAAAUACGUCUGCCAUAUGUUGCCACCCCUCAAAAAUUCCUGCCCCCCUCUUGCCACCCCAUAAAUAUUUUUCUAGAUCCGCCCCUGCGCACACAGUAAAAUCUAAUGUGUCUAUAAGUAAAGUAGUAGCAUCGUUUCUCCACGUCUACCACAAUGUGAUCAUGUGUAUAGAACUGGAUGUAUUGUUUUGUUUGUUAUUCAUUCCCGUCCACCUUACAAACCAAAGUACAAACCUUACCUUACUUAUUUAUAUUUGAAUAUUUUGAUUAUUUAAAUACUGUGUUUUAAAUGUUGUGGUGAUUCUUGGUGGAUCUGUGUUGAGAUUAUUAUUUUGGGGUUUUCUUUUUCUUUCUAUUGUGUUAUUGUUAGUCUAAUGAUUGCAGUGCGAACAUGCACCUUACUGAGGUAGCUAAUGGUGUCACGUACUGUGGUUUUGGUUUUUUUAUGUUUUUUUUCCUUGUUUUUUGUGGUAUUUUUCGCAGAAGCAGUGCUGUUCUUUUAAAAUAUCUUCCUAGUGUCUUAAUGAUAAAGCUUGUGCACAAAGGUGUCACUGAAUCACCACAUUAUACCUGUAGUUAUUGCUUUUAUUUAGCUUUGACUAAUAGACGUGUGCAUUAGGCUGUAGGGGGGCGUCCCACUAUGGAUGGAUGAAUGUAUCUCUGUGAGUAACUUGGCAUCGAAUGCUUUACUGCCAGUAGAAUUUCAUUGUGCCUUGUUUUUCUUUUUAUCGCUCUGGAAAUGGGUUUUGCUUCAUCUGGUGUUUUCAGACUCGUGUAGAAACCCAAGCAGUAGCUGAAUGAAGAGAUCACUGUGUAAAGAUGUUUGUACAUAAGAGACUAUAAUAAUGACCGCGAAGCAAUCAGAUUCUAAAUAAAGAACAAAACCUG